UCAUUUGGCUGCUGCACGGCUCGGCGGCAAGACGGUCUGUUGAAGGGAGGAGAGGAACGGUUGAGUGAGAGAGAGAGAGAGAGAGAGAGAGAGAGAGAGAGAGAGAGAGAGAGAGAGAGAGAGAGAGGGAGAUUCAGGGCGGCAGCUGCAGAAAGACUCCAGGAGGAAGGAAAAGGAGACUUGGAUUUAGCGUGAGGAAGAGCUGCAGAAUCGUCCUCUCCAUUUGCUUUUUCGGCUGUAAAUAUGUUUCCAGAAAGGAAGGAGCUCAGGGGUUGAAUACGAGCAGGGAGGGGUCAAUCCUGUGCUAGCUGGAAGUGCCAUAGCACGCAGUCAAAGGUGUGGGCAUGGCUGCCAAGAGGGGCAAAUCCGGCGUGCCACAGAGCGUGGCCAGGAGCGAGCUGAAGGUGUACCGUGUGGGCAGCACGGAGGGGCGCAUACCCGUGCCAUCCAACCUCCGCAAGCAAAGAUCCCUGACCAACCUGGCUGUGCUGACAGACGCCGAGAAGAAGAUGCAGCUCUACGAGCCAAAAUGGUGCGAUGACAUGAGCAGGGCCGCCACGGGCCACCUGAAGACGGGCCGACCCAAAGCGGCCGGUGUCGGAGGGGCAAGUGGAACCCAGCUCUCCCGAAACCUCUCCAAAUCAGACCACUCCCUGUUCCAGGGCAAGCCCAAGACCUUCGCCCCGCUGGCGCCACCCGGAAAGAGCCAAAGUCGGAUCCCGCGAGGUCCUUACGUGGAAGUGAAACCUCUGAGCAAGACAUCGGAUGACUGUAAGUCUGACGACGAUAUUCUUUCCAGCAAAGCCAAAGCGGGCGGUAAGAAGGCGGCGGCUGCGUGUUCUGGAGACCCCGAGGCCAAAGGUCAAGGUGAGGAGGGUGGCGAUAAACCUUUCCUCAAGGUGGACCCAGAGUUAGUCGUCACCGUUCUUGGAGACUUAGAGCAGUUGCUCUUUAGUCAAAUGCUCGAUCCAGAAUCACAACGGAAGCGGACGGUUCAGAAUGUUCUGGAUCUGCGACAGAAUCUGGAGGAAACCAUGUCCAGUCUGCGAGGGACUCAACUGAGUCAGAGCUGUCUGGACAGCAGCGUGUGCUACGACAGCGAUGAAACCAACGCUCGCAGCAUCUCCAGCCUCUCUAACCGCUCUUCACCUCUGUCCUGGCGUCACGGUCAGUCCAGUCCACGUCUGCAGGCCGGCGACGCCCCUUCAUCCGCCAGCAGCAGUUACCUGGGCACCAAGUCGUCGUCUCGGUUCACGUCUCACACGAUGCCCGCGCGCUGCACCGGACGCCUCGCCAGCUCCUCCCGCAGCGACUUCAUGGACGGUCUGGACGCCGGAGACCGUGACCUGAAGUGUGGCUAUCUGAGCGAUUCUGACCUGCAUAGUAAAAGCUUGCAUGACGACGACGAUGAUGAUAAUCUGGCCAAUGGUUGGGAUGAGAGCAGCUCCAUCAGUAGCGGUUUAAGCGAUGGCUCUGAUAAUCUCAGCUCAGAAGACCUGAACGCCAGCUCAUCACUCAACUCUCUCCCCACUACACCCAUCGGCUCCAGACGCAACUCUUCAGUCAUGUUGCGCACGGAUGCUGAGAAGCGUUCUCUGGUGGAGAGCGGUCUGGCGUGGUACAGCGAGGACAGUAAGUCUUUACUGAAGACCGAUGGAGUUUAUGACACAGGCAGUCUGAAAACGGAGACCUCCAGCAAAUGGAGGAAGACUCGGCCGAUGGAUGUUUCCACGCAAGAGAAAACGGCCAGAUGUGACGUGAAGAGACUUCACGAGAGCUUCGGACAGCCGGGGGGCUUCAAAAAGAGCCGUAAUCCUCCUGUGGGCGUCACGUCACCCAUCACACAUACAUCACAGAGCGUGCUGAAAGUAGCAGGAGAUUCCAGGGCUGUUGAUAAGGUGAAAAUGACUGUGAAAGCGACAGGUCUACAGCGUUCCCGCUCAGACGCCGGCCGUGACAAUGCAGAGCACCGCAAGCCUCCGUCAGGUCUGGUAAAACCCUCUGCCGUCGGCUCCUUCGGUUACAAGAAACCACCGACCACCGGCACCGCAACGGUUCUGACAGCAGGGGGCGCCAGAAUCACCAGCGGCUCGGCCACUGUGGGAAAAACCCCGAAGUCGUCGGGCAUCCCUAUCAAACCCAUGCCCGGCGCAGGCAGCCGUAAAAACAGCUUUGACGCCAGCGGUUCUGAACAGGGUUUCCUCACGCCCAAUGCCCGCGGUAGCAUUCAGUACCGCAGCCUGCCGCGACCCGCCAAAUCCAGCGCAAUGAGCCUCACCGGACGACCUUCUUCUCGGCCUGUCAGCGGCAGCAUCGACGCCAGUCUCCUCACCCUCAAACCCGUACCGGCCCUACCCAACACUAUGCCCAGCAGAGGAAAGGAGGGCAGGUUGAAGACGGCCGGUCGAGCGUGUUUUACAGGGCCGGUUAAUCAGACGGACCGUGAGAAAGAGAAGGAGAGAGCUAAAGCUAAAGCAGAUCUUGAGAUCAGCUGUCUGAAGGCCGAGAACGAGAGCGACCGCUGCGGAGACGAUGUCGAGAAGAUCCGUCGGGUGAGGAGAACAAGCACGAGUAAAUUUCCAGAACUGAGCUCUCCGACCGGCACACCGAGGUUACUGAGUAGCAAGUCUCUGGUUCACCCGCCGAGCCUCGCUCACCUCGACAAGGUCAACUGCAACAGUCUGGACUCCUGCAUCACCAUUCAAGAUCUUCCUCCCAAGAUUCCUCCCUACUCGAAACUCCAGGACCUGGCCUGUUCCCGCGUGCCCCUGCGUCUCUCCCCGAGCCCGGCCCCGGUGCUUCACAUCGAUUCCUCAAGAUGUUUCUCCGGCCAGGCGUUGUCUGUGAGCAGCUCGCCCGUCCUCUACCCGAAGAUGUCCGGCCUGCAUCGCAGCAUGGAGUCGCUGCCGCUGCACAUGAGCGUGCCCGUCAAAACGGAUGUGAGCAAGCGGGAGGACAACAGGGGUACUGGGACUUGGGGUGCUGGCAGCAGAACAUCCAUCACGCUGGGUGACAGUUUAGAAAGUGAUAGGAACACGUUACCCAAGAACGGACUGAGUCGCUAUGCCAGUGGCCAAUCAGAGGGAGGAGGACGUGAACGACGUCAUUCGCACACUGUCACGAGCAUGACGGAAUCAGAUAGCCCACCUCAGCUGCCGUCCCCCACACUUGUGACGCGACCCUUUUCCGCCAAAACUACUAAUGUGGUGGCUCCUAUCACGAAUCCUAGCUCGGGGUCUCAGAUCACACGCUCAAACAGCAUCCCAGCCAAUGACCUGAGCAAUGAUCUGUACGGCACAUCUCCUCUGGGCAGCUCUCUCUCUCUGGCCGAGAGACCUAAGAGUAUGAUGAGGUCUGGAUCAUUCAGAGAGCCCGCCGAGGACGUUCACGGCUCUGUUCUGUCUCUGGCCUCCAACGCUUCAUCAAACUAUUCUACUGAGGAGAGAAUGCAGGGAGAGCAAAUCCGGAUACUGAGACGCGAGCUAGAGUCAUCACAGGAUAAAGUGGCCAAUCUGAGCACACAGCUGUCUGCAAACGCUAACCUGGUGGCGGCGUUCGAGCAGAGUUUGGCUCUCAUGACUGCACGACUGCAGAGUCUGUCGGUCACGUCUGAACAGAAGGAUUCUGAGCUACAGGACCUGAGGGAAACCAUAGAGACCCUGAAGACAAAGAACACGGAGGCACAGUCCAUCAUUCAGGGAGCUCUGAAUACCCCCGAGAACACACCCAAAGAGCCUCAGAUGGACCGUCAGAACUCAUCUGAGAGUAUCUCCAGUCUCAACAGCAUCACCAGUCACUCCAGCGCCGGCAGUCUGAAAGAACAAGAGGCCAAGAAGAAGAAGAAGAAGAGCUGGUUAAGAAGCUCUUUCAACAAGGCCUUCAGUAAAAAGGGCUCCAAAGCAUCAUACGCUGACAUCGAGGAGAUCGCCACACCCACCUGCUCCGCCCCUUCAUCGCCCCAAAUCCAUCAUGAUGGGAAUAACGCCCCUGAGAAAACCUCCACAACAGGGUCAUGUGAGGAGCGUGAUGGCACAGAAGAGAAGGAGGUGUCAGAGUUACGCUCGGAACUGUGGGAAAAAGAACGCAAGCUGACAGACAUUCGUCUGGAGGCUCUUAGCUCCGCCCACCAGCUGGAGCAGCUACAGGAAACCAUGACGCACAUGCAGAUGACUGUGGAGAAUCUGAAGGCGGAGAAUGACCAUCUGAAGACCGGAGGCCCCUCCUCCCGACCCCCGAGCUCCACCUCUCAGUCCUCAGGUUUGGGUUCACUGGGUGUUACAUCACCACGCCAGUCUGUGUCUUCUGUCAGUAAAACCUUCGGUGCGGGACAGAAUGAACUUUACCCAGAUGUUUUUCAAAGCCCCACCACGACUCUGCAGAAGGAUGAGAGUCUGGUGAAAGUGAUGGUUCGAAUACCAAACCAGCACAUCUUUAAAGAUGAAGUCAAGCAGGGGGAGUUUUUCAUCGGCACGGUUAAACUCGGUGGACGUACAGACUGGUUUGCUCUGGACUCGGCUGUUUGUCUGGCUUUCAAAGAGUAUUUGCGUGUGGUGGACCCCAGCUCCAGUCUGGGUCUGUCUCAGGACUCCAUGUACAGUUACAGUCUGAGUCAUCUCAAGAGGGUGUUAGGAGCUCAAGCGCCCGAGACUCCACCCGUGCGUCUCUACACUAAAGGAUCCUCCUGCAUCACCCUGGCCCUGAAAGGUCUGAAGGAGAAGUGUGUGGAUGUUCUGGUGUUUGAGACGCUGAUCCCCAAACCCAUGAUGCAACACUACAUCAGUCUGUUACUGAAACACCGACGCUUGAUCUUAUCCGGUCCCAGCGGCACAGGGAAGACCUACCUCACUUACCGCCUCGCCGAAUACCUGGUGGAGCGCAGCGCUCGAGAGAUCACGCCUGCCAUCGCCGUCACCUUCAACAUGCACCGCCAGUCCUGCAAGGACCUACAGCUUUACCUGUCCAAUCUGGCCAAUCAGCUCGAUCGCGAGAGCAGCCCUGCUGAAAUCCCAUUGGUCGUCAUCUUGGAUGAUGUCAGCGACUCGGCGUCCAUCAGUGAACUUGUCAAUGGUGCUUUAACCUGUAAAUAUCAUAAAUGUCCGUAUAUAAUAGGAACAACAAAUCAACCGGUAAAAAUGACCCCAAACCACGGCCUGCAUCUCAGCUUCAGAAUGGUGACGUUUUCCAAUAACGUGGAGCCGGCCAACGGGUUCCUGGUGCGUUACCUGCACAGAAAACUGAUGGAGGCAGAAGAUCCCAGAAGUGUGACCAAUGAAGAUCUGCUGCGCAAUCUAGACUGGGUUCCCAGACUCUGGUAUCAUCUGCAUACCUUCCUGGAGAAGCACAGCACUUCAGAUUUCCUCAUUGGUCCCUGCUUCUUCCUCUCGUGUCCGGUCACGGUUGAGGACUUUCGGACGUGGUUUAUCGAUCUUUGGAACCAUUCCAUCAUUCCAUACCUGCAGGAGGGAGCCAAAGACGGCAUUAAGGUUCAUGGUCAGAAGUCUGUGUGGGAAGAUCCAGUGGAGUGGGUCCGAGGGUCUCUGCCAUGGCCGUCUGCUCAACAGGAUCAAGCUAAACUGUGUCACCUGCCUCCCCCGAGCACAGGACCCGGCAGUCCCGGUCAGACCGGAGACGAUCGAGCGCAUAAAGAGACGCCGCCCUGCUCUGUAGAGUCAGAUCCACUGAUGGCCAUGCUGUUAAAACUACAAGAGGCGGCCAAUUACAUCGAGUCACCAGAGAAAGAGACAGACCCCAAACACCCCCCGCUGUAACCCCCCCCCCUCCUGUCCUCUGAACCCCCGUCACACACCUGCAGAUGACUCUGUACUGUUACUAUACAUCCAUCAUCUGAAUCCUCCAAUCACAGCAGCCACACGAGUACUGUCACAGUACCACGCUAAUACCCUAUACUUUCAUCCUUGAUAAGAAUAUUCCUACAGCAUGAUACUUUAAAUGACCUCAAAGAUGGUAAUACCACGGUAUCAUCAUGGUACUGCCCAUUUUUAUGUUAAUACCAUGGUAUUUUAUGUAAGGGGUUAACCAAACAAAACGUUAUGUAUCGUGGGAAUCAUCAUUUUGUCAUUUAUAGUAAAUCCUUCUUUUAAAAAAGGAAAAUCAGACGGAUAAAAGUCGUGAUACUUUUCUAGCUGUUCUGUCGGCAUAUAUACACAGUACAGUAUGUGUUGACAAACACUUCAGUUUUACUAUAGUAAGCGUGUGUAUGUGUGGUAUUCCAGGAGCCUUUACUGUUCCACUGCUGCCCAUAUUAACAACUCAAGGAAUCCGGUGCUAAACUUUACUCACUAGUGUGCACUUGAACAUCAUCAGACAGGCAAAGAGUCGAGAGCAAGACUAAACAUGACAGACUUGUAGAACAUUUCUCUCUUUACUGCUCUUCUGUACCUUUGAUUUCUGUGUGCCCGGGAUCACUCAUGUAACUUUGAAACAUGAAUACACUUGUGCUGACUUUCAGAAAUACUUGAGAAAGUUUAUGUUGAACGUGAAUAACAAAAUGAGCUAAAGCCAAAAGUAGUGAAACUGCACAUCCACAUUCACUUUAAAUUGUGACAAACUAAUAUGAUUUGCGUAUUUAAAAACGGAUUAAACUCAGCGAAUGCCUUAUACAGAAGCAGUGUCGUGUUUUGCUCUGUAGGGGGUGCUGUUCUCAAACUCAAGCCCUCUAUUCCCACUCAAAUCUGCAUGAGAUCCCAACCACUGACAUCUGCGAACGAUUCCACGCCACACAGAUUUCUGUGCACUUUUUAUUUGAGCGUGACGGUGCUGUAGAGACGGUUUAUUGGGUUUGAAACUGAUCUCAGCUCAGGGCUUUGGUCAUCUCAGGCCUCUAAACACAUUCAAUAGAGCUGUUGUCUCAGUUUACUUCUCUCUCUCUCUCUCUAAUGGUGCAAAUAGAGCUUCUUCAGUGACAACUAUAUACUCAGUGCAUUGUUCAAUGUGAAGCGGAUGAGAGAUGCUGGAGGAUGAAGAUUAGCUUUGAAUGUUUGGUGCUUUCUGGUGUCACUAUAGGAAAACAUCUUGAUCUCACUUGACAUCCAAUAGCCUUACAGAUCUGUUGCAUUUAAGAGCAUCUUCAGAUACAACUCCGUAAUAAUGCCGUUUCUUGUCAGAUCAAUGGCCGAGAUUUUUUUUUCAUUUCUAGCAGUAGUGAUAGAUGUGUCCAGAGAGGAGAGAAAACUCCUUUUUGAACUGGUGUAAACAUAUCCAAACUUUCUCUCCAUCACAGACAUGUUUGCUCCCAGUAUAAGCAGUGGACCAGUAACUGCCCAUCUUUAUAGCUGAAAAUACUGUUAAUACUGUCAAAAACAUGCAUGUAGGUCUGAACUCCAUUCCUUCAUCUCACAAUAAUCAUCUCUCUGAUAUAUACAGAUGAGUUUUAUAAAGGGUCCAAAUGGCUUCAGCAGAGUUUAUAAGCUAAAGAGAAACACGUGAGGCAUAAGAUUUCUUUUUUGUUGUUGUUUUUGCUUUCUUCUAAUAGGUGAGAAUGAUGUUUGCUGACAUUCCAGACAUGUGUGACAUUGGCUUUUGUCAUCAAAGCUUCAUUUGUUUUAUAGUCAAACGUGUCACUUCAAACACACUGUUGGUUAUUGAGAUGAGAGAUUUCCAUCGGGUUGUGUUUUAAAUAAGUUUAUCGCUGCGUCUGCAUUCUCAUGCCUGUGAUCCUGUGAUAGCUGUGCUGUGUUGUGCUUUAAAUCUCCACAGUUCAGCAACUUUUCACUCUUUGCUUUGUUGCUCUGCCGUAAGGUGAAUGUUAAAACAUUUGAUUUUAGUUGAAUGAAGUCUGAAGUCUACACUUUACACGUCUGUGUGAAUCUGUCGCGGGGUUGUUUUGUAGAAUAUAGCAUUGCUGUUUGCAAUAAUUCAUUGUGUGUUUAAGUCUGGAGUUCACGGGAAACAGAGGAUUUUGUGUCUUUCUGGUGAUGUCUUGAGUUUAAGUGUUUGGAUAUCUCAUUGAUUCCAAUGGCUUUAGUUUGAAAUGUUGAAACGUUUUCUGUGAACCGAUGGAGAAAGUGUAUGGCAGAGAUCAAACACAACGUGGUGAGAAGUUGCUGAAAAGUCGCUCCUUCACUUGCAAUGCUUGACAUCUAUUCAGAAGUUCAAAACUAUUCCAUUAAAGGUCCAGUUACAUGAUGAUAGAUGGUGUUUUCGGCUUUAUAAGUGUUGUAAGCGCAUGUCACCUCGUGUGAAGCAGACGUGUUCUAACUAAUAUGAAAAGAAUGACUGAUGUUACUUUGUAAUUCCCCCUGAGUGAUGGUUUGUAAAGCAUAAGUUCCAUUUGUACAGAAUGUUAUAAAUGUAUACAUUGUAAAUAGCGUGGCCCUACAUUUGCAACAACAAUCAUUGAAGAAGAAAAUCAAGUCAUGUCGAGAUGUGGUUUGUAAGGGAGAAUUUGCUUUGGUUUGUGAUGGACUGACCCAGUCCACAUGAGAACAUCACCACCAGACGUCUUCGUCUGUCAUAAUAAACCACAACCUUCAAAAGUG